AAGUGAAAGCACUUACUUCAUGGGUCUUUCUUUUAUAACCAUGGUAAAUACUAUUUAUCCAUUUUAACCAAUAUCUUUAUGCAUAAAUGAUAGGGAGAGAAUUCAUAUUUCAGAAUCCCCAAAAAACAUUCCAUGAUUGGGCCAUAGCAGAAAGCACAAAACCUUUUAACCCUUCCCCCAGACUCUAACCAGUUACCUGAAGAACUCUGUCCUCCUUAAUCCUUAAUUAAGGAUUAAAACCUCUGCCCUUUGCUCAUCACCAAAAUGUUUCAAGGAAUUAAUGAAAUAAUCCCUCUCUGAUGGAUCAAGAUCAAGUUCAAGAUUGCAAGCUGAUCAAGAAAAGUCAUGUUAUCCUGCAGAAACACCACUUUUAUUUGUUCUUGCAGAGUUGCAGAUCUUUUAUGAUGCUGAAACACCAGGUUUCUUGAAUUGGAUCUGUGGGGAUGGUUCAAAACAGGAUUUUGAGGUUCUCAAGGGAUUAAAUUGGGUUCUUGAACAGGCAAGAAAGAUUUAAAUUUGAUUCUUUGGUUCUUUAUUUUUCUCAAGAACACAUCAGCAUAUUUCUGCAGGAAUGUUAGAAACUAUAUCUGUGCAGAAAUUCAAUUAUUCACCAAUACACAGAGGGAAUGCAUACAAGAAAAGGGCAGAUUUGAUGACCACCAAAGUUAAUAUAUCAAUCGCGACAAAACGGCUGUCGCCUUCUGUCCUGCAAUCGAGGUGCAAAAGCCCAGAUUCCUGUCUGAUGUCUCAGCAGGAAAACACCAUAGGCAUCAUUUCUGGCCUGUCUGCAAUGGCAACUCUCACCUUCCUGGAAAAGCUCCAGUUCUGGAGCUCAAGAAACGCGAAACAACAGCACGUCCCGCCCUUCAUCGUCUGCAGCGAUCCUGCAACAAGGAAGAACAACAACAUUGCUGAGAAUCUGCUGCAGAAAAGGCUGUUCCUCGAGGAAUCCGGGGCGGGCUGCAUUGUCAUGCCUUGCCAUAUGUGUCACCAGUGGUACCCACAUGUCUCCAAAGGGUGUUCUGUGCCAUUUCUUGAUGUGAGUGAGUGUGUUGCCACAGAGGUGAAAGAGGCAAAUCUGAAGCCAGUUGAAGCUGGGAGAAGUAAUGUCAGAAUUGGUGUUCUUGCUGCUGCAGAUUCACCUCUGGUUGCUACAUUCUAUCAACACAAACUUCACUCUCAGGGGUUGGAGUGCAUUUUAGCAGACAAACCGACGACAGAGCAUAUGGUGAUUCCGAUGAUGGAAGCACUGAAGCAGAAGGACAUGGAAGGGGCGAGGAAUCUUCUAAGGAUUGCCGUUCAGGUUCUUCUAGUACGAGGUGUGAACCUUGUCAUCCUCGCAGCAGAUGAGUUCCAAGGCCUUUUGCCUUGCGACGAUCCUCUUCUCAACAAAUGCAUCGACCCCAUGGAUGCUUUGGCCAGAUCAGCCAUCAAAUGGGCCCACCAAUCUAAACAAAUAAUAAUAGAUCAGUAGUAUCACUUAGUUAAUUGCUUGCAUGCAUGCAAUUAAAUAUGUCUUAUAUAUAUAUAUAUGUCUUAGAUCUUUGAGGGUGUAUCUUAACUUAGCUAUAGUGUCCCUUGAUGAUGAGGAGGGAAACCGGCCGUCAAUAACGAGGUAGGCUGGUAAACCUUUUUGCCCUGAUCGGCUCAAAUCAGUCGAAUUUAGAACCUUGCGGUUAUCAAGUUAUUAAAAUUUUAUGAAACACUUUUAUGAUGUUGUGUAUCA